CUGCCCCUUUUCCGCAUGCGCACAACGGGCAAACACUGCUGGCUCUUCUCGUCGCCUUUCCCACCCCCGAAUUCCGAGCUCCGAUUGGUUCGCUUCACGGGGCCGCCCCUUCGGUCCACCCAGUGUGGAAGCCGCCUCGGCGCUCCGCCCUCCCUGCCGGCAGCGGGCCGCGGCGCAGCCUGCAAACCCCGGCGGCGUGUGGGGAUGGCGGCGACGGCGGUGACGGUUGGCAGGCUGCUGCGGCUCCGCGCGGCCGGGCCCGAGGGACACUGGCGUCGGCUGCGUGGCGCGGGGCUGCCGCGGGGCUUCCUGCAGCCCGCCUCGGCCGACGGGGAUGCGGCCCAGAGGCGGCAGGUGGCUCACUUCACUUUCCAGCCUGACCCGGAGCCACUGGAGUACGGGCAAACUCAGAAAAUGAAUCUGUUCCAGGCAGUAACAAGUGCCUUAGAUAACUCACUGGCCAAAGACCCUACUGCAGUAAUAUUUGGUGAAGAUGUUGCCUUUGGUGGAGUCUUUAGAUGUACUGUUGGCUUGCGAGACAAGUAUGGUAAAGAUAGAGUUUUUAAUACCCCAUUGUGUGAACAAGGAAUUGUUGGAUUUGGAAUUGGAAUUGCAGUCACUGGUGCUACCGCCAUUGCGGAAAUUCAGUUUGCAGAUUAUAUUUUCCCUGCUUUUGAUCAGAUUGUUAAUGAAGCCGCCAAGUAUCGCUAUCGCUCUGGGGAUCUUUUUAAUUGUGGAAGCCUCACCAUCCGGUCCCCUUGGGGCUGUGUCGGCCAUGGGGCUCUCUACCAUUCCCAGAGUCCUGAAGCUUUUUUUGCCCACUGCCCAGGAAUCAAGGUGGUUAUACCCAGAAGCCCUUUCCAGGCCAAGGGACUUCUUUUGUCAUGCAUAGAGGAUAAAAAUCCUUGUAUAUUUUUUGAACCUAAAAUACUUUACAGGGCAGCAGUGGAAAAGUUUCCCAUAGAAUCCAUACAAGUGAUGCUGUGCCCUCUCAGUGCAUCCUGUAGGAUGACACAUGGUGCUCUUUGCUUACUCGUAUUGACUUUUCCAUCAGUCAUACGUGCUACACCACUGCUUAGAAUGCCAACUUUUUGCCUCUGUGCAUCUAAUUAUAUUCAUUUUUCAGGACCUACCUUUUCUUGUGGUUUUCUCUAUUUGCUCCAGUUCAUCUCCUUUCUCACUCUUCUGCAGUCCUUUUUGCCUUAAGGUCGAGGUUAUCAU